AUGUCUGAACUAUCUGACAAUGAUAUAGAAACAGAGGUUGUAUCCCGGAAUCUAUGCGGUAUUGUUGAUAUAGGGUCCAAUGGUAUUAGAUUUAGUAUAUCUUCCAAAGCAUACCAUCACGCAAGAAUCAUGCCAUGUGUAUUUAAAGACAGAGUUGGUGUGUCUUUGAACGAUAUUCAAUUUUCUAAGGACUCUUCUAAAAGACAGCCCAUUCCAGACGAUAUUAUUAGAGAGAUAUGCUCAGCUAUGAAGAGAUUCAAAUUAAUAUGUGAAGAUUUUGGUCUUCCAGAUAAUAGCAUUAGAGUCAUUGCUACACAAGCAACAAGAGAUGCGAUUAAUUCAAAACAGUUUGUCGAUGCAAUAUAUAAAAGUACUGGUUGGGAAGUGGAAGUAUUGUCCAAGAUAGAAGAAGGUAAAUUGGGGGUUUAUGGUGUAGUGUCUUCGUUCAAUACUGUAAGUGGAUUGUAUUUAGAUCUUGGAUGUGGAUAUGUGCAACUUUCCUGGAUAAAAUGCGAGAACGGUGAAAUAAUACAAUCUUCUGAACCUAUAUCACUACCCUAUGGUUCCAGUAGGCUGACAAGGAGAUUGAAGAAUGAAAAUACAAAGGAUUUGUUUUUUGAGAUUAAAAAUAAUUUAAGCAGCUUAUUAAGUGAACUUAAUAUACCACAGGACUUAAUCGAAGAAGCUCGUUCACAAGGUGGAUUCGAUUUGUGGACAAGAGGUGGGGGCUUGAGAGGCUUAGCACAUUUAUUGCUUUCACAAUACCAAGAGUACCCAAUUCAGACCAUUAUUAAUGGUCUGGCUUAUUCUUACGAUGAAUUUUCAAAUAUGUGCGAUUAUCUUUUUCUUAAAAACAAGAUACCAGGUACUAAAACUGGUAAAAUAUUUAAAUUAUCCGAAAAAAGAGCAAUACAACUUCCUGCCGUUGGUUUAUUAAUGUCUGCUCUAUUUGAUGUUCUUCCAAAAAUUAAGACUAUUCACUUUAGUGAAGGUGGUGUAAGAGAAGGUACUAUGUAUUCCUUACUUCCAAACGAAUUAAGGGCUCAAGAUCCAUUAGUAGUGGCUUCACGACCAUAUGCCCCAUUACUUGCUGAGAAAUAUCUUCGAUUAUUACAAACAUCAUUUCCUGGGAAAGGCGUUCCCAGCAUAAUCAAUAAAAGAAUUGCACCUGCAUUGUGUAACCUUGCGUUUGUGCAUGCAUCUUACCCAAAAGAAUUACAACCGACGGCGGCAUUGCAUGUUGCCACAAGAGGUAUCAUAGCAGGUUGCCAUGGUCUAUCACAUAGGACGCGAGCAUUGAUAGGGAUAGCUCUAUGCAAUAGAUGGGGUGGAAACAUCCCAGAAACUGAAGAGAAAUAUUUACAAGCUCUCGAAAGUGUGGUUCUUCGUGAAGGUUCUAAAUUGGAGGCAAAGAGGAUUGUCUGGUGGACUAAAUAUAUUGGCACAAUAAUGUAUGUUAUAUGUGGUGUCCAUCCAGGUGGUAAUAUUAGAGAUGGCGUAUUUGACUUCCAAGUCGUUGACGGAAAGCAGGAUACCGUAAAUUUAGAAGAAUUGAGGAUCGAUGAAUACACGGGUCAAGUGGUGAAUCAUGAAUCUGAAACGAAAAUUAGAGAAUUUGAUGUUGUUGUUAGGAUUAGUAAGGAUGAUCUUAAGACAAGUGCUAGUGUACGUUCUCGUAUAAUUACCAUGCAAAAAAAAAUUAGAAAAUUAUCAACAAGAAGUGUGGAAAGAGUGAGAAUUGGUGUUGAAUUCUAUGAAUGA